AUGGAUUUUGAAGAGGAACAUGUAGGAGGAGAUGAUAUUGAAGAAAUCUAAGAUGGAGAAGAUAUAUUUGGAGAAGAUGCUGAUAUAUCAGUACAUGAUGCAGGGAGCAAAAAAGAUGCAGUCAUAUUCUUAGUCGAUUGCAAAAAAGCAUUAUUUGAUAUGGAUCAAGAUGGAUAAGGCACAGUAUUUUCAAAAAUAUUAUCUGCCUUUUCUAGUUUUAUGAAGGCAAAAAUCAUAUCAAGUCCAGAUGAUCGAAUUGGUAUGAUAUUUUACAAUACAGUAAUUGAUAUCUAUUAAAAUAGAAAUCUACUAAUAAUCAAUUAAAAUUCAAUAACAUUACAGAAAUCUAUAAAUUAGAUGGACCAUCUGCUGAUAUUAUCAAAAAUUGUUUAAAAAUAGAGCAAAAUUUUGAAAAAGAUUAUCAAUUAGGUAAUAAUGCACAUUUUCAUGAAUGUUUAUGGUUAUGUAAUCAUGAAUUUAAAGAAUUGUAAAUUUAUUAUCAAUAUAUUUUAGAGAUAAGAAUAAAUUUAAUAUGCGUAUAUUUUUAUUUACUCCAGAUGAUUUACCUUAUUUUAAAGAUCAGAAUGCUAGAUCAUCAGCUUUGAAAUAUGCCAAAUAAUUAAAGGAUGCAGAUGUAUAGAUAGAAUUGUUUCCAUUACCUAGUUAAAAUGAAUUCAAAAUUGCUAGAUUUUAUGGUGAUAUCAUUACUGUUGAUUUGGAUGAAGUUAAUAAUGCUGUACUUGACACAUCAACUAAAAUUAUGGAUUUGCAUUAAAGAAUUAAAUAAAAAGAAUUUAAGAAAAGAGCUUUGAAUAGAUUAAUUAUGGAUAUAGAUGAUAUUAAAAUUGGAUUAAAAAUAUAUUGUUUAGUUAAUAAAGCUAAAAAACCAACUGGAAAACCCUUAGAUAGGAGAUAUAAUUAAUAACUUAAAAAGAAAGCAUAAUUUAUUGAUGAAGAAACAGGGUAAGCACUUUUCCCUUAAUAAAUAUCUACUCAUUUGAUAUUGGGAAAUGAAAAAAUAGCAAUUCCAAAAGAAUAUAUGGCUAAAAUAAAAGGAUUUGAAAAACCUGGAAUGACUCUCAUAGGUUUUAAAUCUUCAAGUGCAUUGAAGGAUUAUCAUAAUUAUAGAGCAUCUUAUUUUUUAUAUCCAGAUGAUGAACAUGUAAAUGGAUCUUCAUAAUUUUUUGAUGCUUUAAUUUAAUAAAUGAUAUUAAAAGAGAAAAUAGGAAUUGUUAGAUUAGUUCCUAAAUAAGGAUCUUAGGUGAGAUUUUGUGCAUUACUUCCUUAAGCAGAAUAAUAUGAUGAAAAUCAUUUUUAAACACCUCCAGGAUUGCAUCUCAUAUUUUUACCAUAUGCUGAUGAUAUAAGAGGAUUAUCUUCUGUAAAAUAAGAAGGAGCCGAUAUUACAAGGUAGACCUUAAAUGCAGCUAAGAUUUUAGUAAAUGCUUUAACAAUUCAAGAUUUUGAUUGUUCAAAUUUUGAAGAUCCUUCUAUAUAGAAGUAACUUAUAAAUUAUUAUUAUAGAUUUUAUACAUAUUUGUAAGGAUUAGCAUUGUAAGAAUAAAAUAUUGAAGAACCUGAGGAUUUACUUUAACCAGACUUCAAAGGAAUGGAAAAAUAUAGAGAUAUUGUUAAUUUAUUUAUGAGUAAUGUAAGUCUAGAAUGCUCUAAUAUGCCAUCUAGAUCUAAAGGAUAGGCAGGUGGUAGAGGUAGAGGAAGAGGAAGAGGAAGAGGUAAAGGUAAACAAGAAGAAAGUGAUAGUGAUGAUUGUUCAAAAAUUAAAGGGAAAGGUAGGGGAUCUACUUAAAAAUAAAAAAUUGAAGAGGAAGAUAGUUUGGAAGGAGAAGAAAUCUAUUAACCAGUAAAAAAGAGAGGAAGAGGACGUUGA